GGCGUGUAGGGGGAGGACCCCGGCCAAAGGCCCGAGCGAACCGAGGUGAGAGGUGAAGCACCGAGCGGUUUGAAAUCGCUACUACCUGCAGAGAGGGCUUUGCAUUUCAGUUAAGUUACUUAUGUCUUCCCCUGAAAUUGCUUCCCUUUCAUGGGGGCAAAUGAAAGUACAAGGCUCUACUAAAACCUAUAAGGACUGCAAAGUGUGGCCCGGGGGAAGUCGGGCUUGGGAUUGGAGAGAAACAGGAACUGAGCAUUCUCCUGGUGUGCAGCCUGCAGAUGUGGAGGAAGUCAUCAAGAAGGGUGUGCAGACCCUUGUGAUUGGCCGAGGGAUGAGUGAGGCCUUGAAGGUGCCCCCAUCAACUCUGGAAUACCUCGAGAAACAAGGCAUUGAUGUGCGGGUCCUCCAGACAGAGCAAGCAGUGAAGGAGUAUAAUGCCUUGGUUGCCCAAGGUAUCAGGGUGGGAGGGGUCUUCCAUUCCACCUGCUGAUGGAGCCUUAAGA